AUGGAAAGGGAAGAAACAGAAUCCCUUGACGCAUCAACGGCAAAUAGGAACUAUCUUAACAGAAGCCUAGCAAUUCGAGUUAUAAAAAACGAUGCAUACAAUGUAUUGUCGGUUUUAAGAUCGUACGUGAACAAUAUCUCAGGAUACUCAGCAACGUCAAAUCUGGUGCCAAUUUUAGGAGCAGACGCAACAGUCCUGAAGACAAAUGAGCAGAAAUUGAUAAAAAAAUUUAAAAAAUUGGCAUCAGCAGAAGAAGAUGAGUCGAAACAUUUGGAGAUGGAGCACCUGGAGCCGUUUUUUGAAGUGUUCAAGACGUUCGACAACAGACACAUAAAACUGCUUAUAAUGUGUGUGGACGCACUGACAAACAUGGCAAAGAGCGAUCUACUGUGUUUCGAAGAGGAGGAGGCGUACGAGUCGAUGAACAAGAUGUUUGGAGAAGUGUUGAAUUGCUUCAGCAGCGCAUCGGAGCUGAAGGAGGACUUUCUGCUGUUUAAGGCGUUCGACUGCAUUGGAAGCAUAUACAGAUCGCACUACGGGAACAUGGUGAACAACGAGAACACGUGCAGCAUGCUGAAGAGGUUCAUGACGCUGAUGAGUAACAGGAAUAAAAACUCGUUCUACAAAAAGGUUAUGUACACGAAGAUGAACGAAGUGCUGCUGAGCGCCUUCGGGAACGAAAGAAGAUACGAAAGAUACGAAACGGAUUUUUAUCGCAGAGUAAAUAGCAUAUUCCUGUACGUGAGCCUGAUGACGGGACUGACGAACCAGUUCAACUACCUGGGCUACCACAUGGAGGAUACGUACCUGUACAUAGGAGACAGAGACACGAUGAUGUCGCUGAGAGCACACCUGACGCCGAUACUGAACGGUCUGACGAGCACGCCGACGUACUUCAACGAGUUCACAGAAGAAAUGAAAAGAAUGGGCCUGGGCGUUAUGCUAAACGCACUGGAGUGGAACCUGGUGAACCUGUCAAACGCGAACAUGGUGCCGAUCAUGCAAGCACACCUGACGCACUCAAUGUAUAAGCUGAUAUUCACGGAUUCGAUAACAAUGUACUCGCUGGUGCUGAGGAGUCUGAGAAACCUGUUCAAUAACUUCAGAUAUAACCUGAAGGCGCAAAUGGAGCUGUUUAUAAGUCACCUGAUAUCGUCAGUGACGGCACAUGUGAUGGAGCCGAAGAGAACGAGAGCGGACAUAGUGGAGAUGAACAUGGAGUUCCUGGGAGAAUUUGCGAGAAACGCAGACAUGUUGGUGGAGCUGUAUUUGAACUACGACUGUGACCUGAAGUGCACGAACGUGUACGGAGCGCUGGUUAAGUGUCUGCUAGGAUGCAUAUCGAACUGCGAAGGAGACUACAGCACAAGUAAGUCGGAUCAGGCGAAGGCGAAGAAGACGACGCCGAUGAAGACGACGACGAAGAAGACGACCCAGCAAUACAAAGCGAUUUCAGGAGCAGGAGAAGCAAUGCCGCAGAUUAACACGGAGUACUUCGCACUUGGAGUAAUCCAGAGCAUAAUCAAGUACAUGCUGACGGACCACAAGUUGUACAUUAACACGAACCCGAACGGGUGUAUCACCGCACAGCAGACACACACGGAGUACGAUAAGCUGAAAGAGAGAGCUUACAAAGAUAAAUUAGUAGAAUGUAGUAUAGAGUUUAACGAGGCAAAGUCGAACAAGUGGAUGGAAAGAGGAAGAGAGAUGGGAGUAUUCUCGAAAAAUUACACGGAAAAGGAAGUGGCAGUAUUCCUUAAAAACGCGCCGGAGCUGGACAUGAAUAAGGUGGGAGAAUACCUGGCGACGCACAAAAACCAGGAGUUCAUGGACAAAGUGAGAAGAACCUUCUGCGAACUUAACCACUUCGCAGGAAUGCCAAUAGUUAUGGCAAUAAGACUGUUCCUGUCGUCGUUCAGGCUCCCAGGAGAAUCGCAGCAAAUAGAAAGACUGAUAGAGAUAUUCUCGAAGGUGUACUUCACAGCGCAGCCACUGGUGGAGCAGACGAAGGAGAGCGGAAGAAGAGGAAGUAUGGUAGAAGGAGAGCAGGCUGAGGAGGAGACAGAUGAGCUGAAGAUGGCGAGGUGGGUGAUCCAGGAGGAGUUCUACCACAAGUACAAGGCGAUACAGCAGAACUGCAAACAGACGGCGCUGACGUCAGUGAGUCUGAAUAACAUGAGAGGCUCGAGUGAGCAUUGGGUGGGAGACGAGCCGGAUCACAGCGAGCUUCGAGAGGCGAGCAGCUGGACGAGCAACACGGAGAUGUAUGACUACUUCCUGGCAAACGACACUGAGGGGCUGGUGAGCUCUGAAAACUACCGCAAAAUAUGCGAGUACCUGAAGAACACGCCGGUGACGCUGGAGACGCAGACGACGUACAACGACUCGAUACCGGCCUCAAACGCGGAGGCUGAGGGCGCUAACAGAGAAGAAAGCACGCAGAGGUCGGGAGGGACGGAGUCAUCUAGGAACACGCAGUCAAUAGGCUCGAUCUGGACGGAAAGUCAGGUGAACGACCAGGGGCCGACGUCAACCAAGGUGAAGAUAGAAAACAAGAACGGGUUCGCAUACAUACAGGACUACAACGCAAUAUUCGUGCUCUGCUACUCGAUCAUCAUGCUUAACACGGACCUGCACAACAACCAGAUCAAAAAUAAGAUGAAGCUGGAGGACUUUAUAAGGAACAACAGAGGAACGAACGACGGAAAAAACUUCUCGACGGAGUUCCUGAAGGACAUAUACAACACGAUCAAGUACCACGAAAUAAAGCUGCACUCGACACAUAGCCCGAACAACAGCAAGUAUGAGCCGUACCUGUGGUCAGACUACGUGCUGCAGAGACAGAAUAAGCUCUCGCAGUACGUGCAGCUGACGAGACAUGAGGAAAAGGGAGACGAGGAGACGAGGAAGAAGAGAGCGGCGCAAAGGCUGGUGCUGGGCUCGACGGACGGAAGCGCGCACCUGAAGCUGAAGCUGCUGGAGGAGCUGCUGGAAAGCAGGCUGCUGGAAGUGCUGGACAACCUCUUCAGCAACUGCAGAACGAUCGAGAUGCUUAAGAAGAUAGUGGAGCUGCUGUGGCUGCUGGUGAGAGUGGCGCUGAAGCACGGAAACCACGAGCUCAUGAACGAGGUCUUCCAGCUCACCAGCGUGGACGUGAGUUACGGGCUGGGCUACAAGUGUCAGAUAUCGAUAUCGUUCGCACUCAACGUGAUGGCGCUGGCCUCGGAGCACUUCGACACGAAGUCCUGGGCGAAGGCUCUGGACAUCGUGACGAGGCUCUACUGCCUGAACCUGCUCCCGGCGACCUUCGGAGCGCUCGACGGAGACGGGAGGCUGUUCUCGUCGUACUGGAGUGACCUGACGGUGCCGAGCAUACGCUUCAAGAGGCUGACGGAUAGAAGAACGAGCAACUGGCUGGUCGGACUCUCGAACCUGAUGCCGUUCACGAAGGUGGGCUACGGAACGGAGGGCGCGAAGGGAGGAAAGAAGGAGGCAGACGGCGAGUGCGACGAGACGUUCCUGUUCCUGUUCGACGUGCAGAUGAGCACGAAGGACCUGCUGCAAAACAAGUUCUUCGACGUGUACCUGCUGAGGAACAAGUUCAGCCCGAUCUACUCGAGCGAGGACGAGGCGACGAUCAACAACGUGACGAAGACGCUCUCGAGCGAGUCGGACAGAGAGGAGCUGCUGCCGCCAAUCCUGACGUACAUCAACCUGAGGCUGGCCUUCCUGAACAUAUAUAAGCUGGACGACCUCUUCAUGGGCACUAUCACGAACGCGGAGCUUAAGUCGUUCAAGCAGUUCCUGGCAGUGAUAACGAGGAACAUAUUCAAGGUGCUCGUGCCAUUCCAGGAGAGUCCGAGGGACCGAGACAGCUUCAGAGAAAGGGACAGCUUCGGAAACAUACUGGACCCGAACGUGAUGGAGCUGGACAGGUUCAGAGCGAAAAUAUCGGCAAUAUUCAACCUGGGCAUAUUCUCGAGGCUGGCGCUGCAUGUCCUGACGACUGGAACCAGUGGAACCAGUGGAACUGCGAGUGGUACGACAAGUGAGGAGAAGAGGAGGCAGCUGCUGCGCUGCUUCGUAGAGGUGUUCUACAACCUGUCGAGGAAGCUGGUGGUGAAGAGCGCGCUGGAGCACCUGCCCUCUAAGGAGGAGAUCUACGCACGGUUCGGCCUCAAGGACGCGAUGGCGGGCCCGGAGUACGUGCGGAGCGAGUACGAGCACGAGGGCAUGGAGGAGCCGCUGAGCAACUACGUGGCAUUCAUACUGCUGAACCUGGUGCUCUGGUUCGUGGAUUACUUCAACGACCACAAGGACAUGGAGUCGCCGACGUCCAGGAGCAGGCACGCGGAAAGGCCGGGAGCGGCCUCGGACGCUAACCAAAACGCUAACUCUAACACAGACCCAACCGGCAACCAAAACUGUAAGCUGGACGGCACGCUUAUGGACCUGAGCACGUGGCUGUUGCACCUGUUCAUCAACUUCGAAAACAAGACGUUCAACGCGUACCUGGACCCGAUGGAGAAGCUGAUGUACAACCUGGCAGACAGCGCGUGCAUAGCGAAGAACAAGUACAUAGUGACGAUCAUGAUGUGCGCAAUACAGAGAAUGGUUAACCCGUACCUGCCCUUCGGAACGGAGCAGUUCAGAAAGGAGACGUCGAAGACGAGCGGCUCAAUACUGACGCUGCUGCUGCGAAGAAGCAAGUGUCUGUCCUGGAACGACGAGUACGUGGCGAGACUGACGGCGCAGACGCUCCUGUCAAUAGGGCUGUACUCGAACAAGACAAUGGUGCCCGAGAAGGAGGGGACGGCCUCGAACCAAAGGAAGCACGGCUCUGCGCCAGGGCAAGACCAGAAGAACGUGAAGGAGAAGUACGCGGAAAACCUGCUAGCAAUACAGCUGUUGAUAGAGUUCAACUCGUUCGCAGGAGAUGAAAACAAGGAAAACCUGGAGCGCCUGUGGCUGCUCUCACUGCACUCGCUGUCAAUACUAUUCUCAAUAGGGCCGCGGGAGAUAUCGAACGAAGCAAUCAAGGGGCUCAACAAGCUGCUGCUGCAGCAGAAGUACCCGGAAACGAGGUGCAGCUUCACGUCGCAAGUCUCGAGAAUAUUCGACCACGUACUGGCGCCAAUGCUGACGCACAACUUCAGUUACCCGCUGCCCCCAGAAACGGAGAAGCCGCUGAGAGAGAAGAGGAGGGACAGGAGCAGCGCGAACAACAACUACCGCCUGGCGAACCCGUUCCAGACCCCGGAGCACACAAACGAGGGAGGCGAGCAGUGGAUGACGAGGUUCCUGAGCGAGUACAUCAACAACUACGCCUUCAGCGACUACAACGACCUGGCGACGAGGAAGGCGGCCGCGACGAACCUGGUGUGCCACGCGCUGCUGUCGAAGCUGAACGAGCUGAUGACGGACCACCAGGAGGAGGCGCCGGAGGAGGCGCUGAAGGCGUCGGGAAGCAGUCUGGACGAUCACAAGGAAGUGUGCGAACACAAUUGCGUAAAGAGACUGCUGGUAUUCACACAGUACGUGCUGAACGUGAUAAUACCGAGCAACGGAGAGGACAUAAAAUUGGCGACAGCACAUAUACUAGGGAAUCAGCAGGCUAAAAACAUAAGUUUCGACGAGAAUAGAUUAAAUUACGGAAGAAUAGCAGUUUUGACCGAUAAAACUAGUAGAAGAACCGUAGCAGUGGAAUUAAAAACGGACUGUGACAUAGUGGCAUCAACACAACUGUUUGAAUCAGUGGCGAGGAAGCUCGUGAAAUCAUUAGUUGAAUAUUUGGAGAAAAGAUCCAUAGAUAAUUCAGGAGAAAGGACACACAUCGUUAAAAUAAACCCAGGGGAACUGGAUUCCAUACCAAUCGAAGAUUCUAAAGAGGAUACGCUGAGGAAUUUGCUGAACAGAACCUCGAGUCAAUUCGGAAAGCCACUGGUGGUGGAAAACAUAUACGCGUGCGAAGCGAAAGUAGAUGAAGUGAUAGGCUCGUACACACACAAGAGUGUCCAGUCAAGCACAUCGAAGGAAAUAGUAGGAACGAGAGUAGGACUAGUAACCGUGAGGAACAAGGAAAUAAGCAAGGCGCACCUGAAGCAAUUGGCAGAUCUGAUAGCGCUGCAAGCAGUGGGAGACCCAAAUUAUAGUUCAAUGGAAGAGUUUCUGUCACUUAAUUUGCUGAAACAUGAUCAGUUUAACAAAGUGUUAUCGGAAGUAUCUAAGCAGUUGAAUGUAGAGCGGAUUGAAAUAAAUCCAAAAGCAACAUUGAGAGAAGCACUGGAGUCAGUAAAAACGCAGAAGAUCCCAGAAAUAAAAGUAAACGCAAUAUUGUAUAUUAAUUCAGGGAAGAGCACGAUCGUCGUGAACGAAUAG